CACAUGUAGGUAAACAAACAAAACCAAACAAAAAAGCACCAAAUCAUAAAUGUUAGAAGCAAAUGGGUGAACCACUGCAUUCAAAACAGGUCAAUCUACUAAACUUUUUGUAGUCCCUUGUUAUUAUAUAAUGGUAUAUGUUAUGCCUUUAAUCAACAUCACAUUGAUUGAACUGAACAACUAGAAGACAUUGAAUUGUUGAGAUGGCUAGUGUGGUGAAGGAGCGUGAGGGGGCAGAGAUAGUGUACGGUUCUGAAGAAUGCUACCGCCACUCCAUAGAGCUCUUGGAAGAGUUGGGUUUUCCAAAGGGUGUUCUUCCCUUGCAGGACCUUGUGGAGUGCGGCAGAGUUAGGGAAACAGGAUUUGUGUGGAUGAAGCAGAAGGCACCUUAUGAGCAUUUCUUUGAGGGGACCAACACAAGGGUCAGUUAUGCUGUGGAGGUCACUGGCUAUGUGGAGAAGUUUAGGAUGAAGAAAAUGAGUGGCAUUAAGAGUAAGCAGAUGCUGCUGUGGGUGCCAAUCACUGAGAUGAGCAUUGAAGAUCCUAAGGGGAAGAAGAUUCUGUUUAAGACCCCUAUGGGGAUUGGAAAGUCUUUUCCUAUCAUGGCAUUCAUGACCCCUGAGGAAAAGGAAAAGCACUUGCUGUUGCAGGACAAGGAGACUCAAGAAAGCAGUCCAUGAGCAUGAUUCAUGAAUUAGUAUAUGAACAAAACAGAUAAAAUACCACAAUUACUAAUGGUAUUUUUCUCCGACCAGAAUUAGAAUUUUACUUCAGUAAUGUGUUGAUAUUUAAUAAAAUUCUUUAUUAUAUAUAUUACUGAGGUGAUUCUAAUUUUAAUUGGAGAUUAGUACUUAUGGUAUUACUUGAAAGUUUUAUCUUUAAUAUAUAUAUGUGACACUAAUGAGGUCUUGAUUAUGAAUAAUGAGCAACUAGAGUAGUUACUACACGUGAACUAGUUGAUUUCAUGGUUACAAUGUAUCGGGCAUGCAAUAGCAUACUUUGUUCUUUUGGUUGA